AUGACCUGCAACCAUGGCAUGUCAACUCAUCAGUCGCUGCUUGUGCAGUCACGACCACCGCUCUCCAUCAGCACUAGAGCAUCCGACCCUUCGCUCUUUGGCAAUGCUUAUAGCCCCAUCGCCGACCACGCGUUAGUCCGUCGGAUCUCCAUGCGACAUACCUCCGAACCCAUGAUGGGCGCGGUGACAACAUCACAUCGAGGCAGCAAUGCUUCACUGACGGCGCCCUCGCCGACCUUGAUCUCUCCCGCUCGCACACCGUCGCUCUUCGGCACUUCCGACACCCAUUGGGAGCCGUCAAUAUCCUCCAAAUCCCGACCAUCCCGCCUGCGGAAGCUGUCCACCGCGAAGGAGGAUCGAGGUCAACUCGACUUGUCUAAGAGCACUGCGGAGAACGAUCAAUUGGCAGGUCUAGGCAUUGUCGACUCUCGCGGUCCGCGAUCUGCCGCCGACGUUGCCUUCUCACGGGCGACCCGCAACAAACACAGCCGGACCAACAGCAUUGGGUCGCAGGCAUCGAAUGGGUCCAAUUCAAAUCGACCUGGAUACCACUUCACACACCCGUUGAAGCAGACUCCAGGAGCAUACACGCCUCCGGCCGGGGAUCGUGCAUCCUUUUUCGAUCCCGAGGAGCUGGAUGAGACCAAAGAUGUUGUCGAGCGUGAAGCCCUCGUGCCGACGGGAUACACCAGCCAUCGGAGCAUGUCCGUCUCCUCGACGUCACAAUUCCAAUCUGCGCCGAUCGCACAAUCCAGAACAGGCGCCGACCCUGUCCUGAUUCGUCAAACGACGGGCAAUUCGCAGUCGAACAUCUCGAUCAAAUCGAACCACUCUGGUGGAAAUGCCAAACCUGCCAAACUCAAGAAGACUCGGCCGAGCCCAGAGCACGGCCACUCGUAUGAAUACGGAGCCUCGUCGUCUGCCCGGACCAGCUUCGACAAAGCCAUCAGCUUCGUCUCCCGCCGAUCAGAGACCGACGUCGUCACUCAGGAGGAGCUCGUCCAGGCCGCACGAAGGAAGUUCGAGGAGAAGACCGCCUUGAAGGAACUGAAAUACCAACGAGAAGCCGAACACCGCCGAGAGAUCGAAGAGGCGAAGAUGAUCAAGCGGGAAGGGUUAGAACGCCGCCGAUCCGAAGCCUACGAAGUCCGGGACCUGCCGUCGACCAAAGCCGCCCUGAAGCAUCUCUCCGGCCUCAUCAGCGGCAGCGGCAUCAACAACAAUAACAACAACCCGAUGUUCAGCAACAAGAAUCUCUCCGACGAGAACAUCGAACCCUCCCGCCCAUCGAUGACGGGAAGAGAUCGGAGACCAACCCCUCCCACCGACUCCCUCCAAACCAAAAGCUACGAAUCCUACCGCAGCGCCAGCACCCCGAACCCCACCGCCAACCUCUUCACCGCCGCCGAGAAACCCCGCCGCCCGAUCGAGAGGUCCCGCCUCAGUCGUCUCGCGCAGAAAUCCUCCAAGGCGGUGGGGAUCUCCUGGUGGUUCCACACGAAAUUGCUCAGUCUGGGGAGUCGGGAUUGA